AACCACCGCCGGCCUUUAAGAAGCACCACCCUCGACCCCCUCAACACCCUCGACUCUCACAUCACCACCGCCCUCACUCUCUGUCUUCACCAUGAAGCAAAGGUCCAGCCAGCCUGCCAUGAUGAGAAUCGCCAUUGCCGGUGCCGGCGGCUUUGCCCAGAUCCUGGCCCAGCAGGUCAGCCAGACCGCGCAUGCUCUUCUGGUCCUCUCCCGCAACCCGCACCCCGAACUCGAGGAAUGCUGUCCCGGAUGCCAAGUAGCCAUCGUCGACUACGACGAUGUCGAGAACCUCCGGUAUACCCUCCAGGGUGUGGACCUGGUCAUCUCCACCAUCGCCGGUAACGAGCAGCUCAACCUCAUCGACGCUGCCCGGCGGGCUCGCGUGAGGGUCUUUGUCCCGUCCGAAUUCGAGGGUGAUCUCAGCCACCGGCCGGCAAACGACCCCCUCGACCGCGGCUCGCAGUCAGCCCUACAGCUUUUAGAGGGCUGGUCACAAUCCAAGUCUCAUCGGUUGCGCUAUACCGUCUUCUCUUGCGGCAUCUUUAUGGAACGUUUCGGUCCUGGCGGAUUGCAGACGUACGGAAUCGGCGCGGGAAGCGGCAUACAGGGCCCGGACGACUAUCUGGUCAACCUCCAGGAAGCGAGGGCGGAGAUUAUCUUGGGGAACUCAAGCGGCAGGCCUGUCCGGAUAUCCAUGACCUCGGUGUACGACGUCGCCCAGUUUAUCACGGCCGCCCUUGAACUGGGCCUCGACAAUUGGCCCAAGGAGUUUAGGAUGAGAGGAGAUUCCGUGACGGCUCAGGAGCUGGUAGAGACAUGCUCCAACGCCCUUGGAGUGCCUAUCAGUCUUGUCACCCGCCAUUACCAGGAAGUGGAAACCCAGGCCGAGGCAUGCCAGCAAAGCGGCGACUGGGCGCAGUGGUACUAUUUCCAGAGGCUCCUCCAGACAGCCAACGGGCGAUAUCAGGUUCGGCAAGCCAACCUCAACGAGGCUACCCAGGUGCAGCCCCUAACGUUUAGGGGGUGGCUCGAUAACGUCUGGGCGGCCAACAUCUAGCACGCCCCAGGUUUUCCCUUUUCUCCUUUUUUUUUCCGUAUGUUAUCUGUUAUCAUGCGAAACGACCUGAGGCACAACUGUGCCGUGUACUUGCCGGAUUUGAUAU